GUGUUUUUCAUUUUCAACUAUCACCAUUCGAGUAUAUAAUCUUUGACUAUCACAAGCAUGAAUAUCUGGGGUUAAGUAACAUUUUAAAUGAUAAAUCUUCUUUUUAGGUGAAUUCAUUACCAUAUAGCAUGAAAACCUGCAGCUACAAGUUUGUAUUUUUUAAAUAUAGUAAUGAGUUCGAAGUGCUGUGUGAUAUACUUCCAUAUACUGUAUUUAUUAUUUUCCUCCAGCCAUGUAGUCUUGUUGACUAAUGACCCUAUAACACAUCGUAUAUAAUUCAUCUAUUGAUGUACAUUAAACCAGAAGAAGAAUGUAUUCGAAUCGAAGUAUAUCCAAAAAUAAAUAAAAUUGUGUAUAAUACUAAGGGAAUGUAAUGUACGGAUUUUUAAAAAAACGACACCAAAUUGUAGCUUUUGUAGUAUUAGCUUUCAUUUUGGGCUGUAUGUUUACGAUAGCAAUCAUGCCAAUAGAUCGUUCGUGCAAAAUAGAACAGACGGAUAAGGAAUUUAACAUAAUGAAAAAUUCAAAAUUCAAAAGCCCUGAAGUUAUAAUACUUAUAUUGUCAGCUCCAAAUAAUUAUAAUAAAAGAAAGACUGUAAGAGAAACUUGGCUCAAACUUGAAGAUAAUUCAGAAAAUAUCAAUAAACGAUUCAACUAUAAACAUUAUUUUGUUAUAGGAACACUUUUUUUGCCCACUAGAGAAAGUAAGAAAAUUGAAGAAGAGCAACUCUUACACAAAGAUAUUUUAUUGUUACCAAUUCAGGAUUCAUAUAAAAAUCUAAUUGAAAAGAUUAAAUAUAGCUUCCAUUGGUUAGACACACAAUUUAAUUAUGGAUUAAAUUUUAAAUAUGUUUUGAAAUGUGAUGAUGACAGUUUCGUAAAUUUGAACAAAUUAAUGUUAGAACUUACACAUAUAGAAAACAAUUAUCUAAAAAUUUCAUCAACCAUGAACGAUUUAAAAACUAACAUUAUUUCCACAAAUUAUCAAAUGGGUAAUAAGAAACCCAUUGACCUAUAUUGGGGAUAUUUUAAUGGAAAUGCUAGAAUAAAAACCAAAGGAAAAUGGAAAGAAACAAAUUGGAUAGCAUGUGAUAGAUAUGUGCCAUAUGCAUUAGGUGGAGGAUAUAUGCUUUCCAAAGGGCUUAUUUCAUAUAUUUCAAAAAACAUGGAAGAUUUAAAGUCAUUUAACUCUGAAGAUAUAAGUGUUGGAUUCUGGUUAUCGCCAGUUGCUAAUAUUCUCAGAAUACAUGAUAUUAGAUUUGAUACAGAGUGGACUUCACGAGGAUGCAAGAAUCACCACCUUAUUACUCACAAUAUUUCUCCUAAUGAAAUGAAAAUAUUAUACAAUAACUUGUUACAAACCAAUCAGAUGUGUAUUCAUGAAAGUACAAAAAGACAUGAUUACAUUUACGAUUGGAAUGUACCACCUAGCCUAUGUUGUAAAACCAGUCAAGAAAAAGUAAUAAAACUUGAGAAAAUUUGAA